CUCUGAUGCGACUCCCACCCAUACACAUACCACGAUACAUUCAUUCAUACAGUCGCUUGUGCGUUAGUCUCGCUCUUCUUGGCGCAGGUGGUGCUGCUGCUGCGGGUGCUGGUGCGGCCAUUACUGCUGCAGACAGCCGUUCAUGGCCACUGUGACAGCGCACUACUCGCCGCGAGCUACGUUGACAUGUUUGGGCUUAACCGCCCUCCUCACACGGCGGCACCUGAGCAGCGCGCUGCCACUCCGUUCCUCCGACUCGUAUAUACGCUCCGAUUUCACAAAUCAGCCCUGGACCGGUCUCUAUGAACCUGGGCGCCCAACCGAGGGUCCGCUGGGAGGCGCGUCGGAUAUUGGUGCUCCCCGAAUAACGCCAGCUAUACUGAAACAGCAUCUGGACCAGUACGUGGUCGGACAGGAGCGGGCAAAGAAAACGUUGGCCACUGCAGUAUACAACCACUAUCAGCGCAUACAGGAGCUCCAGAGACGCGAUGAAGAGGAGCAAGAGCAGGAGGCGGCAGAGGAGAGGCGGCGGACGCACCAGAGACAUCCCGUUGAAGACGACUUUCCAGGUCAGCAGCAGACGACGGUGUACACGCACCAUGACAGUCGGAGCUCGCAACAGCAGAGAACGUCACAACAGGACGCUUCAACUGCACCCGCUCCGCUCCAAGACAACAGUCCUCUGACGGUCGAGAAGAGUAAUGUGCUGCUGCUAGGGCCCUCUGGUGUAGGCAAGACGCUGAUGGCAAAGACUCUUGCGAGGGUGCUCGAGGUGCCUUUCAGCAUGUCUGAUUGUACACCAUUCACCCAAGCAGGCUAUAUAGGAGAGGAUGCAGAUGUAUGCGUGCAGCGCUUGCUGGCAGCUGCGAAUUACGAUGUGACUCGUGCUGAGCGUGGCAUCAUUGUUUUGGACGAGAUUGACAAAAUUGCCACGGCCAAGGUAUCCCAGGGCAAAGAUGUGAGCGGAGAGGGCGUCCAGCAGGCUUUACUAAAAAUCAUCGAAGGGACAACACUACAGAUUCAAGCUAAGCAAGAGCGAAACGCGACGAGUGAACGUAACAGAGGACAAUAUCCUACUAAUAGUCCUUUGUCCGGCGGGCAUAUCAAUCAGUCUCAGACAGGUGGCCAAAAGGGCGAUACGUACAAUGUUCGAACAGACAACAUACUCUUCUUGUGUGCCGGGGCAUUCAACGGCCUGCACAAAGUGAUACUGGAUCGGGUGUCCAAAGGGAGCAUGGGUUUUGGCGCAACAGUCCGUGCAGCUAAUAAUUUCGACUCCUCGGCGAGCCAUCACGAAACCAUCAUGGAAGGCGAGGAUGAGCUUUUCGAAAAAUACCUACCAUACUAUACAUCACCAACGAGUAACGAUCAUGACUCUUCUACAUCAAAGCAGAAACGAACAUAUAACACCCUCGACCUAGUCGAGCCUCAAGACCUGCAAAAGUAUGGCCUGAUACCGGAACUUGUGGGCCGUAUACCUAUAUCCUGCGCCCUCUCAUCUCUGGACGUCCAAUCUUUAGUAAAGGUUCUCACCGAGCCACGAAAUAGCCUGUUGAAGCAGUACCAGCAGCUCUUUUCCCUGUCGAGCAUAGAAAUUCGCUUUACAACUGCCGCUUUACAUGCCAUCGCGAGCACUGCCUUGAAGAUGGGCACAGGUGCCAGAGGACUGCGCACCGUAAUGGAGCGCCUUUUGGCAGAUGCCAUGUUCGAGUCACCCGGGUCAAGCAUUAAGUAUAUUCUGAUCAACGAGGAUGUUGCGGACAGGAAAGCGGGCGCGAUUUACUAUGGUCGAGGACAACAGGAAGACUUUUACAACAGAAUUACGAGUGAAGAAGAUGUUUGGGAAGAACGGAAACGCGCUGAAGAUGGAAACGAAACAGAGUUUGAGGCUCGAGCUCGAAUGAACGCCAAGAACCCAGCGAGAACCUUUGAAGAAUAUCGAGAGAAGGCGACUGCCGCUGGCUUUGUAUAGACUGCGUGGUAGAAGUGUGCAAUCUUGGCCCUAUGAAACGAUCAAUUGACAGCAUGCAAC